GUCCAGUACUCCAGUGGUCAUUGAUAGACUGAUACCCAAAGUCUGAACUCAACCCAACAAGGCAAUCAGAAGAAACAUUCGGCAAGGUCGGUUUCCGCCAAGGUCGCAGAGAAAGCGACGGCGCCCGCUCGCUUUCCGCCAGUCCACCGCUGACCGCUGCCUGCGUCUUCCCGCCUACUCGCCCAGCUGACCGGCUAACCGCGUCUUCUCUGUGUCUCUAGCAACUCGCCUGCGCGGCUUCGCCACUGCCAGUCGGCGGUCUCAGGAUGUCAGGUCGGUUAUCCCUACUGUCGUAGGGCGCAUUCAGUGUCCAAUGCUUUUGGGAUUUGCAGAGCAUUGAUCUGGAAGCCAAAACUCUAAAGUUCGCCGGCAAACUCAUAAUCUCUGACUCCACUAUUUCCCUUAUAACAGCAAUCUUUCAGUUUAUUUAUGAAUCAUGCUGCAUCCUUUACACCAAGACAUAAACACCUUUUCAAAACCAUCCUUAACUACACUCACGAGAAGAAUCUUCCCAAAGGUAAAUGUCUUCAUGGACAUCUCAUCAAAACCGGCUCAAUCUCCUGCAUCUAUCUCUCCAACAGUGUUGUUAACUUCUACGCUAAGUGCAGUAUAUUGCGAGAUGGUCAUCUAGCAUUCGACGACAUUAGUAACAAAGAUACUGUCUCAUGGAACUGCCUCAUCAAUGGCUACUCUCGACUGGGUACCCAAGGUUCAUCUCUUUCCGUGCUCAACUUGUUCAAGCAAAUGAGGAACCAAAGCGCUGUUCCGAAUUCCCAUACCUUUUCCGGCAUUUUCUCUUCUGCGUCGUAUUUAGGAGACACAUUUGUUGGUAAGCAAGCCCAUUGCUUGGCGGUAAAGCUGAGUGUCUUGGGUGAUGUGGUUGUGGGUAGCUCAUUGAUAAAUAUGUACUGUAAGUCUGGGGACAUUGGUGAUGCUCAUAAGAUGUUUGGCGAAAUGCCUGAAAAAAAUUCUGUGUCUUGGGCCACAAUGAUAUCAGGGUAUGCUUCACUAAGGCUCCCUGGUGAAGCUUUGGGUAUUUUUAUGAUGAUGUUGAUUUCUGAGGAGGACAUCAAUGAGUUCGCCUUGACCAGUGUCCUUAGCUCUUUCACAUUCCCUGAGUUUGUUGUUGCUGGCAAGCUAAUCCAUUCUAUUUCAGUGAAAAAUGGAUUGAUAUCUAUCGUCUCUGUUGCCAAUGCUUUAUUGACUAUGUAUGCAAAGUGUGGCAGCUUGGAUGAUGCAUAUAAAGCAUUCAAAUCCUCAAAUAUCAAAGAAGCUAUCACCUGGUCUGCCAUGGUCACUGGUUGUGCACAGAAUGGGUAUGGCGAGAGAGCGCUGGAGCUGUUUUCAGAAAUGCAUUUCUGUGGAGUGACUCCUACUGAGUACACUCUUGUGGGAGUUCUUAAUGCAUGUAGUGACGUUGAGGCAGCCAUUGAAGGAAGACAGAUCCAUGGAUACCUUUGGAAACUAGGAUUUCAGUCUCAGAUAUAUAUUAUGACUGCAUUAGUUGACAUGUAUGCUAAGUGUGGGAUGAUCGGUGAUGCUAAGAAUGGCUUCGAUUCUCUAGGGGAGCCAGACAUUGUUUUAAUGACUUCAAUGAUUGCAGGGUUUGUCCAAAAUGGGGACAAUGAGAGUGCUAUUAAUAUGUAUUGGCAGAUGACAAAGAAGGAUAUAUUACCAAACGAAUUAACAAUGUCAAGUGUGUUAAGAGCUUGUUCGACCCUAGCUUCUUUAGAGCAAGGAAAACAGUUACACACACAUACCAUUAAAUAUGGGCUUACUCUCACUGUUCUUGUUGGUAGUGCCCUUGCAACUAUGUACACAAAGUGUGGGACCCUUAAAGACGGGAACCAAGUCUUCAAGAUGAUGCCAGACAGAGAUGUUGCUUCUUGGAACUCCAUGAUUUCCGGCCUUUCCCAAAAUGGGCACGGGAUAGAAGCACUUGAACUUUUUGAGGAGAUGCGUAAAACGGUUGUUGAAAAGCCAGAUCAUGUGACUUUUGUGAGUGUCUUGGCAGCUUGUAGCCAUAUGGGGUGUGUAGAGAAGGGACGGUAUUACUUUCGAAUGAUGUCAGAUGAGUUUGGUAUUGAACCUAGAGUGGAACACUAUGCUUGCAUGGUUGACAUCCUCGGUCGCGCCGGGAAAUUACAUGAAGCUAAAGAGUUUAUAUUGUCCUCUACAAUUGACCACGGUCAGUGUUUGUGGCGUAUAUUACUUAGUGCAUGUCGGAAUUAUAGAAACUACGACUUGGGAGCGUAUGCCGGGGAAAAGUUGAUGGAGUUGGGGUCAUUGGAGUCAUCCGCUUACAUUUUGUUGUCGAGUAUUUAUUCAGCUCUUGGUAGGGGAGAGGAUGUCGAGAGGGUUAGGCGUUUGAUGAGUGUACGAGGUGUGAACAAGGAGCCAGGGUGUAGUUGGAUUGAGUUGAAGACUCGGUUUCACGUUUUCGUUGUUGCCGAUCAGACGCAUCCAGAGAUUACCUCGAUCCGUGAGGAGGUUUGGAAGCUGAGCAAGUUGAUGAAGGGUGAAUAUGCUGAUGAGGAACUGGAUUUGGAGCUUGGGUUGGUGGGUCUUUAGAGUUGAUAUUACAUUGUGGGUUUUUCCAGUCAAGAAAGCUUAAUGAUUUUAUCAAGUAGAGAGCUUGAGUGCACUCAUAGACAUGGGUCUUUUCAAGAGACAACUCAAAACAUUCUCACUGUGGAAGAGGGACCAAUGGGUUACAGAUAAGCCUACGUCUUCAUCAAGUGAGAACCAAGGUCAAUGAGCUGAGGAAUAAAAGCAAAACAGAGCUGCUUGCUCAGUUGAAGGAUCUCAAGGUGGAGCUCGCCCUCCUCCGUAUUUCUGUUAAAGUGGUGUUUGGAAAAAAUAUUGCAUGCUGAUUGCAGUAAAGAAACUGCUACGUAGUGUUUAGGACUUAAACUGGUGUUAUACUUCAAGUCUAACUAUUCAAAUGAGCUUAAAUUGACUACAACUGGAUGCAGCAAGGGAGUAAGAGUGUCAAUUGCACAAGUGUUGACUGUGAUCUCACAGACACAGAAGAGUGUUCUAAGGGAAGCAUACAAGAUGAAGUAUAUGCCCCUUGACCUCUGCUUGAAGAACUAGAGCCAUCCACAAGCGUCUUACCAAGCACCAGGCCUCUUUGAAGACAGAGAGAGAAGAAGGAGCUUUACUUCCUACUACGGAAAUGUGCCAUUAAAGUGUAGGACACAAUCUUUACUCUGUAGGUCCAUGUACCUGUUCAGUGUGUAACUUUUGGCUUUGACUGAGUUUUAUCUAUUCGUUUUGUUUUUUUUUGGUGGGUAACAUUGUUUGACUAUUCUAGCUUUUUAAUGUAGUGUUCCAUUUUUAUACACGUACUUCAAUCUUCAAGAUAAACUGAAUUAUUAUGUCAAA